CAUUUUUUUCUUUUAUUUUAUUAUCUGGUAACACAGAAUCCAUCAGAAACCAAUCAUAUCUGUGUGUCUCUUAUCUUUUCUACCACUCUAGGUGUCAUGAAUUCAUUUUAAUGUGUCCUCAUGAUUAUUUGUUUUAUUUUUUAUGGGGCAUUAUUUUGUAUUCCCUGUGAAAAAUAAUUUCCAAUUUUUUUUACAUUUUUCAUUUUUACAGUGUCCAGAUACCAAUUACUUGUUUAUGGGAGAUUAUGUGGAUCGUGGAUAUUAUUCAGUUGAAACUGUUACGUUGUUGGUUGCCCUAAAAGUUCGUUAUCCUCAGCGGAUUACCAUUCUCAGAGGAAACCAUGAGAGCCGCCAGAUUACUCAGGUUUAUGGGUUUUAUGAUGAGUGUCUGCGAAAGUAUGGCAAUGCAAACGUUUGGAAGAUCUUUACAGACCUUUUUGACUAUUUUCCAUUGACUGCUUUGGUUGAGUCAGAAAUAUUUUGUCUGCAUGGUGGCUUGUCCCCUUCAAUUGAAACCCUUGAAAACGUAAGGAACUUUGAUCGUGUCCAAGAGGCUCCUCAUGAGGGCCCAAUGUGUGAUUUAUUAUGGUCUGACCCUGAUGACAGAUGUGGCUGGGGUAUUUCACCUCGUGGAGCUGGAUAUACUUUUGGUCAGGAUAUAUCUGAACAAUUCAAUCACAAAAACAACCUGAAGUUGAUUGCUAGAGCUCAUCAGCUGGUUAUGGAGGGAUUUAACUGGGCACAUGAGCAAAAAGUGGUUACAAUAUUUAGUGCCCCCAAUUAUUGCUAUCGCUGUGGAAACAUGGCUUCCAUCUUGGAAGUUGAUGAUUGCAAAGGCCACACAUUCAUUCAGUUUGAACCAGCCCCAAGAAGAGGAGAACCAGAUGUCACACGUAGGACACCAGAUUACUUCCUUUAAAGCAGUUGUCUUUACAUCACGAUGACUCCAGUUGGUCUAUUCCCCCUCUUCCCCCUUUCUAGGUGAUCAGGUGGUUGUGGAUCGAUCUUAGAAGAUAUCUGUCACAUUUGGUAUCUUCAACUAUAGUUUUUUUGUGGCAUGAUUUUGGUAACUAUCCGCAACAAGCGUGUAUAAUAGGCUAAGAAAAUGGCCUUUAAUCU